CAUUGGGCAUGGCAUUGGGGAUGCAUUUAAAAUGCCGUACAGUACAGUGUACACAUUUCAGAGUAUUUCCAAGUACUAAAAGUAUUUUGAGGCUCAAUUUAUUUAGCGAUUAAUAUAAAUAUAAAGUAGGUUUUUACGAGAAUAUACUGUGCUUCGCAGUAAUUCAGAAGAUCAUCGAAUUGCGAUCGUCGUUUCUCUGCAUCAUCACUUGCGAAUUACGAUAUGUUUGGGAAAGAAGCUAUUAAACUCAUAACGGAGCUCGAUAUGCAUGAAGAUGUUCGACCGUUUAAUGAACAGGUGAUGCGACAAGUUUUUGAAGAGAUGCAAACUCUUUAUGAAGCCAAUUUGGUGGACAGCAAUGCCAUAAAGAACGGAAACACCACGUUAUUGCCGUCGGUGCAUUUUCGCCAUACGGCUCUGCUCAGGAACAAAAGGUGCGUGCUGGCGUAUCUCUAUCAUCGGAUCAAGCGAUUACGACAGAUGCGUUGGGAAUUGGGCAGCAUCUUGCCGACCGAAAUAACCGCAAACUUGCUGAAUGCAGAGGUGCACUGGUUCCAAAAUUACAACAAAUCUCUGGCCACCUACAUGAGGUCGAUAGGCGAUGAUCAUGGAUUAAAUCUGACUGUGAACAUGAGCCCUCCAAAGACACUCUAUGUCGAGGUGAAGUGUCUAAGUGAUUUCGGUAAGUUGGAACUUGACGACGGCGAAGUUAUUACAUUAAAAAAAAAUACAUAUCAUCUGUUGCCAAGAGCCACGUGCGAGCCGCUUAUCAGACAAGGCAUACUCGAGCACCAUAAUGCGUGAUAAAAAAGAUACCUCUCCUUAUUUCUUUUAUACUUUUAUGUGUCACACAACACUGCCAUCGUUGCCUUAUGCAUUUCAACUUAAAACAUUUUAUCUAUAUAUAUUUAUCUAUAUGUGAUCAUAUCGUAUUAAAGAAAUAAAACAAAGAUUUUUUUAGUAUAAAAAUGAAGUAUAAAUGCGAAUUUUAUAUCUUACUUUGGCAUUGCUGUAUCUCGAGUUCAUUCUUUUUUAAUUUUUUACAUUGCUCUUUAAUUUAAAUAAGUAAUCUUUAUUAUUACCGUACAUGUUUUGAAUAUGAUAUAUAGAUCGGUAUAUCAACGUAAUAAAAUAACAAUAAUUUCACCAAUUUAAGUAUGAAUGUUUAACGAUAGAUAUUGAGGUUUGAAUAUUGAUAUUAGAAUUUGUAACUGAUUUUCUCAUAUUGAUCGCAACUUUUUAAUUUUUUUUAUUACAUAUCUUUAUAUCUGAGCCAUUUUAUUUAAAAUCAAAUCAAAUUUGAAAUUAAGUACAGAAUGUAAUAAUUUAGAUAUGUUGCAGAAGCUUGAAGAAAUAUUUACUUCAAAUUAGCACCACCAUUAUUAUCAGCAUAUUUUUUAAUGAGCAUUUAAACAUGGAUGGCUCAUAAUGAGGAACUAGGUCAUUAUAUAAUAUAUCAAACAACAACGAAAUAAUAUUUAUCCAAGAGAUUAAAGAAUGGAGCUGAUAUAACUUCAA